CUUCUAUCACUUGAGCAUUUGGUUUUUACAAGCGAGUUAAUUUUUAUUUCCCAUUUUUGUGAGAAAACAAACUUGAGGAAAUUAUUCUAGCUGCCGUCGAAAAGUAUUAAUACAACUAAUUGGAUUAAAACGGAAACAUCUGGCGGAUUAGUGAAAUAAAAUUGGUCAACGAAUUGAAAUUUGCCAAAGAAGAAGAAGAAGAAGUCUGAUUCAAGAUUGAACCUGAAACCUGACCACCUGCAGAUCCACAUCGUCCCAUUGUUAUGGAAACGCUGACUAAAAACAUCGAUAAUUCAGAUGAGAAAAAUUCUAUUACCACUAUGAACCGACACGAAAUAACUCCUGAGAAUCGUGCGUCUGUUUUGGCAACCUUAAUGGAAGAUGAUACGGACUCUGAGAAUUCGAACAACAUCUUUAAAACUUCAGAACUUACUCCCGAUGAUCGUGCGUCUACUUUCUCUAACCCACCUGCAGAUCCACAUCGUCCUAUUGUUGUGGAAACCCUGACUAAAAACAUCAAUGCUUCAGAUGUUCAAAAUUCUAUUAGCACUGUGAAGCACCACGAAAUAACUCCUGAGAAUCAUGCGUCUGUUUUGGCAACCUUAAUGGAAGAUGAUACGGACUCUGAGAAUUCGAACAACAUCUUUAAAACUUCAACUUCAAACUUGGAGCAUUCUAGCAACAUCUUUAAAUUAUCCCAUUACGACGAUGACAAACUAGAACGUUCUGCUUUAGGAAGGAGUUUAAUUUAUAGUUGCGAUUCGAGCACUCAGUCUUUGAAGAGCUCUGAAAAAAACAAAAAUAUCCCUGAUGUUAACAGCACUGUUGUCUCAAAGCCAUCUGCAGAUCCACAUCGUCCCAUUGUUAUUGAAACCCUGACUAACAACAUCGAUAAUUCAGAUGAAAAAUAUUCUAUUACCACUAUGAUCCGACACGAAAUAAGUCCUGAGGAUCGUGCGUCUGUUUUGGCUACCUUAAUGGAAGAUGAUACGGACUUUGAGAAUUCGAACAACAUCUUUAAAACUUCAACUUCAUACUCGGAGCAUGUUAGCAACAUCUUUAAAUUAUCCCAUUACGACGAUGGCAAACUAGAACGUUCUGCUUUAGGAAGGAGUUUAAUUUAUAGUUGCGAUUCAAGCACUCAGUCUUUGAAGAGCUCUGAAAAAAACAAAAAUAUCCCUGAUGUUAACAGCACUGUUGUCUCUAAGCCAUCUGCAGAUUCAGAUGAAAAAUAUUCUAUUACCACUAUGAUCCGACACGAAAUAAGUCCUGAGGAUCGUGCGUCUGUUUUGGCAACCUUAAUGAAAGGUGACACAGAUUCAGACACCUCAAACAAAAUCUCAAAAUCAUCAGAACUAACUUCCGAGAAUAAAGAUGAUACAGACUCGAAGUGUUCUAGUAAAACCUUUAAGUUAUCCGAUAACGACGAUCACAAACUAGAACGUUCCGUUUCAGUAAGGACAUUAAAUUACAACUGUGAUUCGGCCACUGAAUCUUUGAAGAGCUCUGAAGGAAGCUCUUUGGCCCUUCAAACAGUCUUGGAUACACAACGAUCAGAAAGAUUCCAAUGUUUUAAUGUUUCAGUGGAGACUAUGGCUGAUAAAGAAAGCUCCGCUUCGAAUUCACAACCCUUGGGGGAUCCUUCGACAGGAGGCAAUAUUGAUAUCUGGAAAAAAACUACUGAGUGUUGUGUAUCCACUUUGGCAGAUUUAUUGGAAGAUGACAGAUAUUCUGAAAGUAGCACUAAAUCAUCAGAUGAAGAUGAAGAGAAGCAGCUAAAAUAUUCCGACACAGUGUCAAUUGUUAUAAUUGAUGACACUGAAAGCAGCGAUACAGAAUUAGAAUCGCCGAACAGAUAUGAAACAUCUAUAACUUAUCCCAUUGAGAUUUCAUAUGCAGAGAGCUCUCUGACCUCUCAAUCCACAUCGGAUUCACAGCAAUGCCAACAUAUCUCAGAGGACUCUUGCACUUCCGAAGCAUUAUCGACCGAAAAUGACGAUAAAGUGGUACAAGAGAACAACGAAAGUUUUAUGCAGCAAAUAUCAACUCUCGAUUCCAUUCUGGAAGAGGAGGAGGUGUCUUCCAAAUCAGUAAGCGGAACAACUGCGCGCUCAACAAUUGAGGAAUUCCAUCGCUCUGGAAAUAUACAGAAAUCGGAUGGAUCGAGCCAAAUAGAGCAACGAAAAAAAGAAAAGGCAGAUGCCUUAGUUUUAUGUGAAUUGUCACCUCGUCUCGCGCUUUCCGCUGAGAAAGUGAAGUUGCAAUCAUGCGAAGAAAAACUUGAGGAUUCAAUAUUACUCGAUAAUCCACUGGCUCAAAGCAGCAUGAUUCAGUCUGACGAAAUGAAUCGAUCAUUAAGUGCGGCCAAAAAGCAGAUCGAUGAACUGAAACAGCUACGACAGCGCAAUUCUGAACAAUAUGAAACAUGUCGAGAACGCACUAGAGAACUGGACGAUCAAUCAAUUUUGGAAAUGCGGACACAAUUGCGAGCAACGGGAAAUCAAUUGAGCAUUGCAAGGGCGCAAAUUGUCAAACUGAAAAAGCAGAUAAGCGAAACAAAUGACGCUAAUGUAGAUAGAAAUACUUUGGAGCAAUAUGAAAAUAUUGUAGUCAAGUCGCAGCAAAAGGUGCUUACUUUACAGGCACAAAAAGAUGCUUCUGAACUGAAGCUGGCAUCGCAAUUAGCCAAGGCCGAAAGAGAUCUGGAAUUGGCGCAAAAAAAUCAAGAACUUGCCAAACAACAACUGGAAGAAAUUAAAGCACAAGUGGAAAAACUGAAAGAGGAACACCACAAAGAAGUAGGAGAGCUGCAAGAGCAAAAGGGUGCGCUUGAAACCGAAAAUAAGGCAUAUCUUAAAGAUAUCUCUACUCAUUGCGAAUCCAUCAAGAAAUUCAAGAGGCAGGUUGCAAGUCUGCAAGCAGAUUCAAUCAUUAGAAGUAGAAUUCAAUCAGAAGGAAAGUCAGCUGAAGAAAUUGAGAAAUUGAAAAGUGAUUUAAAGAAAUCUCAAGAGCAGUUUAAAGUGUUUAAAGAACAAUUGCAAAAAGUGUCACUGGAAAAGAAGGAACUGCAGAGUGACAAAGCUGAAGCAGAUUCAAUCAUUAGAAGUAGAAUUCAAUCUGAAGAAAUGUCAGUUAAGGGAAUUGAGAAAUUGAAAGAUUUAAAUAAAUCUCAAGAGCAGUUCGAUGUGGUUCAAAAAGAAUUGCUAAAAGUGUCACUGGAAAAGAAGGAACUGCAGAGUGAGAAAGCUGAAGGAGAUUCAAUCAUCAGAAGUAGAAUUCAAUCUGAAGAAAACUCGGCUGAAGAAAUUGAAAAAUUGAAAAGAGAUUUAAUGAAAUCUCAAGAGCAGUUCGAAGUGGUUCAAAAAGAAUUGCUAAAAGUGUCACUGGAAAAGAAGAAACUGCAGAGAGACAAAGAUGAAGCAGAUUCAAUCAUUAGGAGUAGAAUUCAAUCUGAAGAAAAGUCAGCUGAAGAAAUUGAAAAAUUGAAAAGGGAUUUAAUGAAAUCUCAAGAGCAGUUCGAAGUGGUUCAAAAAGAAUUGCUAAAAGUGUCACUGGAAAAGAAGGAACUGCAGAGUGAGAAAGCUGAAAGAGAUUCAAUCAUCAGAAGUAGAAUUCAAUCUGAAGAAAACUCGGCUGAAGAAAUUGAAAAAUUGAAAAGAGAUUUAAUGAAAUCUCAAGAGCAGUUCGAAGUGGUUCAAAAAGAAUUGCUAAAAGUGAUACUGGAAAAGAAGGAACUGCAGAGUGACAAAAAUAAGACAGAAUCUGAAGAAAAGUUAGCUAAGGAAAUUGAGAAAUUGAAGGAUGAUUUGAAGAAAUCUCAAGAGCAGUUCGAUGUGGUUAAUCAUCAGUCGCUAAAAGUGUCACUGGAAAAGAAAAAUCUGGAGGAUGAUAAAGGUAAGGCUGAAACAUUCAAAAGCCAUGGAUUUAAAUCAGAAGUUGAAGACAUGGAGAAAAUUAAAUUCGAUUUAAAGGAAUCUGAAAAGCAGUUGAAAAUGGUUGAAAAAAAAUUGCUAAAAGUCUUUUUAGAAAAGGAAAAAGUCCAGGAUGAUAAAGUUAAGGCUGAAACAAUCCUCAAAAGUAGAAUUCAUAAUGAAGAAAAGUCAGCUGAAGAAAUUGAGAAAUUGAAGGAUGAUUUAAAGAAAUCUCAAGACCAAUUCGAAGUGGUUCAAAAAGAAUUGCAAGAAGUGUCACUGAAAAAGAAGGAACUGCAGAGAGACAAAGAUGAAGCAGAUACAAUCAUUAGAAGUAAAAUUCAAUUUGCUGAAAAGUCGGCUGAAGAAAUUGCAAAAUUUAAAGCAGAUUUGAAGAAAUCUCAAGACCAGUUCGAAGUGGUUCAGAAAGAAUUGCAAAAAGUGUCGCUGGAAAAGAAGGAACUGCAGAGUUACAAAGCUGAAGCAGAUUCAAUCAUUAGAAGUAGAAUUCAAUCUGAAGAAAAGUCAGCUAAGGAAAUUGAGAAAUUGAUGGAUGAUUUAAAGAAAUCUCAAGACCAGUUCGAAGUGCUUAAAGAACAAUUGCAAAAAGUGUCACUGGAAAAGAAGGAACUGCAGAGUGACAAAGAUAAAGCAGAUUCAAUAAUUAGGAGUAGAAUUCAAUCUGAAGAAAAGUCAGCUGAAGAAAUUGAAAAAUUGAAAAGAGAUUUAAUGAAAUCUCAAGAGCAGUUCGAAGUGGUUCAAAAAGAAUUGCUAAAAGUGCCACUGGAAAAGAAGGAACUGCAGAGUGACAAAGAUGAAGCAGAUUCAAUAAUUAGGAGUAGAAUUCAAUCUGAAGAAAAGUCAGCUGAAGAAAUUGAAAAAUUGAAAAGAGAUUUAAUGAAAUCUCAAGAGCAGUUCGAAGUGGUUCAAAAAGAAUUGCUAAAAGUGUCACUGGAAAAGAAGGAACUGCAGAGUGACAAAGAUGAAGCAGAUUCAAUAAUUAGGAGUAGAAUUCAAUCUGAAGAAAAGUCAGCUGAAGAAAUUGAAAAAUUGAAAAGAGAUUUAAUGAAAUCUCAAAAGCAGUUCGAAGUGGUUCAAAAAGAAUUGCUAAAAGUGAUACUGGAAAAGAAGGAACUGCAGAGUGAGAAAGCUGAAGGAGAUUCAAUCAUUAGAAGUAGAAUUCAAUCUGAAGAAAACUCGGCUGAAGAAAUUGAGACACUGAAAGCAGAUUUAAGGAAAUCUCAAGAGCAGUUUAAAGGGGUUAAAGAACAAUUGCAAAAAGUGUCACUGGGAAAUGUAAAAAUGUCAGUGCAAUGUGAAAAAGGGAAAACUGAAGUAUUCGGUGCUUCGUCUGGUGCGGCUCUACCGAAUGAACUAAAGCAAUUGAGCCUGACGAAAAUUACUAAGCAGUUACCUAAUCUGCAGAAAGAGUUGAUAAAGACGCGAAAGCAGCUGGAAUCGAUGAGUGAACAAUUGACAGAUUUGUCGGGCGAAAACCAAAAGCUUCGAUUGAUUAAAAUAGACGACAUCAGGGAGUCGACGGAAGCCGUCAACGAACUGUUGGAAAAAAUGAAUGUUACACAAAAGGAAUUCGAAAAAGUGCGCCAAGAAUUGCCGCAAUCGAGCGAAGAAAUCAGUCGUUGGUUGCUUUCCAUUGACGCCGAUCUUCAGAUUGAAUUAACAAAGGCCAAGCAGCAAAGAAAUGCAAUGGAAAAAAGACUAUUCGAACAAAGAAUUGAAAAUAAAAAAUUGAAAAAACAGUUGCGACGAUUUAAGGUAAACGAGCGAAAAACAAUAGAAGAACAAAGCAAAAGCCGCAAAAAUAUAGAUAUCUGGAAGAAGAGAGCUGAAUUUGCACGCGAAGAGACGCAGAGAACAAGGGACGCUCUGCUUACGCAAAUACAUGAGCUUCAUAAGGAUAAAGACGUACUAAACGGGGAAAAGAUGGCGAUGGAAAAGAAACAGAAAGAUCGCGAAGAAAGAAUCUUGCAGUUGAACGAGCAAUUGAAGAAGAAAUCGCAGCAACUCAAUGACUCGCAGCAAUCGAAUGUGAGUCUGAGCGAAAUAAUGGAACGCCUGCAAUUGGAUCAAUCGGUGCGAGACCAGAACGAGGUGAAGGCGAAGGAGGAUCGAAUGGUUAUUCAGCAUAGCCUCCAAUCGAUGACGGCCGCGCUCCAAGUUGCGAAUUCAAAGCUGAAGAAAUCCCAAUGCGAAAUUCAAUGUAUGGAAGAGAAAACUACAGAGUUAAAUUUAGAAAUUGGCGGCCUCAAUCUGAAUAUAUCGCAGGCCAAAGUGCGUGAGACAGCGCUUAAGGAAUCGCUUGAGAAGACCAAUCAAAAGGUAUGCGAACUCAAGGAAAAAAUCAAAUAUGCACGAGCGCAACGUGAAGAAUGCGAACAUAGCAAGAGUUUGAUUAAAAUGCUUAACACCGAUUUAAAUAAACUGCAAUCGAGUUACGAUAAACAACAUUUCAGCAUUAACACAAUGUUAACUCGUAUGCAACAACUUCAAAACGACUGUCAAACUUUGCAGGAUCAAAAUCAGGAAUUGCAACAAUAUAUUGACUCUGCAAAUGAACGCGAGAAAACACUUUGUACAUCGCUCGCAACGAUCAACAAAGAAUUCGAAUUGGAGCGUGCCAAUAACAUUGCGCUUAAAAUCGAAUUAGAAACUAAUCAGAUCACUUUGGAGCAAACUCGCAAUCAUUCUAAGCUACUCGGUGAUCUUCAAGAGCGUUACAACGCACUCAAAUCGGCAGCGAAUGCCGAUGAAAAGGAGAAUGUUGAAAAGAUCGCUAGACUUCGCAACAAAUUGCGCAAAAUAGAUAUGUUGAACGAUCGUUACCUUAAAGCAUUAAAUUAUUGGAAAAGUCAUGCAGAGGAUUUGAAAAACGAAAUCGAGUGUCAGAAACAGAAGCUGUCACAGGCAAAUAAAUUUACUCAGACAGUUUUCUCUGGAUGUGAUCCAGACAACAGCUGCUAACUGGAAAUAAGAAGGAAUCUUGAAAUAAAUACACAAGGAAUUUCUAAAUUUGUUUUGCCAUAAGUUUUAUUUACCGCAUCCAUGAAAUGCAUAAAAUGUGGGUACGAGAAUGUAUGUUAUUGCUGGAACGAUCCAUUUAGUUGUUGGUUGUAUCUCGAACUGGGCAAUGGUAUUGUAUAAUGUUUAUCAAUUUAAUUAUGUUUUUUUUUUUUUUUUUUGCAUGUUUUGGUUGCCUUAUUUUCGGUUAAUAUAUAUUUGUAUUUUUAAUAUAUGUGUAUAAUAUAUGUAUAUAUGUAUAUAAAUUUAGUUAACAUUAAUUCAUUUAAUAUACUCAUAUGCCAUUCGGUAUUCACUUCAACUAUUCUUUCAUUCUUUGUUUUCUUUUUUUCUA